GGAAACAACACCUUUGAUGAGUAACAAAUCAAUUCAAACUGCAUCAGUGAUGAAGUUUGAAAUGGCAUCACAAACGGAAUACGACGAAACUCUUGAAAACAUCAUAAGGGAUUACAAUAAAAUGACGAAAAARGAAAAAGAACCAGUACGCUCUCAUAAUGUUAGCUUCAAGAAGAAAUCUGUGGUACUUAAAUCAAGACAAGCAACAGUGCAAACACAGACACCAAAGAUGGUUAAUAAAAAAGUUCAAACUGAACCUGAAGAAACGUUUGUAAGUACACCUUUGCUGACUUUCCAACACUUUCAGUUUCCAAUAUUAUUCAGGUACGUGAAGGGCAGAUCUCGUCUUCACACUGCAUCUUAA